GUCAACUUCGCCCGUAUGACUUGUGUUUGACAGCGACGCUCUACUGUAAAAAGGUGAAGAAAAAAAGACAACAGAAAUCUUCAAAGUGAACUAGUUCCUCCUUCUCUUCUGAAGUGCGUUGGGAAUAGCCAAACCUCCUCUAGCCACCAUGAACCACUCCAACGAGACGACCCCAUUGUGCUUCUCCAUCAACAGUCCCCCCUUCAACUACACCCACACCAUUGCUUCCGCCUACUUCUCGUCAGUGUUCAGCGCGCUGGGCCUCACCUUCAACCUCAUCGCCUUCGUGGUCCUCCUGAAGUCCUUCCAGCGCACGCAAAGCAGCUCACGCUCCUCCUUCCUCAUCUUCCUCUGUGGCCUGGUGUUUACCGACUUCAUGGGCCUCCUGGUCACCGGCUCCAUCGUGGUCUCCUUCCACUUCACCCAGUUCAACUGGCGCCGCCUGGACCCGCACUGCCACUUCUGCAACUUCAUGGGCAUGUCUAUGGUCUUCUACGGCCUGUGCCCGCUGCUGCUGGGGGCCACCAUGGCCAUGGACCGUUUCGUGGGCAUCAAUCGGCCGUUCGCCCGCUCGACCAGCAUGAUGACCAAGUCGCGGGCUGUGUCCAUAGUGCUGAUGGUGUGGGCAGUGGCGGGAGGCAUCUCACUGCUGCCCCUGGUGGGCGUAGGGAGCUACCACAUGAAGAUACCGGGCUCCUGGUGCUUCUUCAACAUUAGCUCGGAGGCAAGCGACAGGGCAUUCUGCCUGCUCUUCUCACUGGUGGGGCUGCUGUCCAUCGCCGUGUCCUUCCUGCUCAACACAGUGAGCGUGGUGACCCUGGUCAAGGUGUGCUGCAGCCAGGGCGCUACGCAGCGCCGCCGCGACUACGAGGUGGAGAUGAUGGUGCAGCUCAUCUGGAUCAUGAUGAUCGCCUCCAUCUGCUGGUGCCCCCUGCUGGUGUUUAUUACAAAGACUGUGUUGUCGGGGAGCUCACUCCAGAUCCGCUACCUGCUGCUCUUCAUCCGCUUCGCCACCUGGAACCAAAUCCUGGACCCCUGGGUGUACAUCCUGUUUCGCUGCGCCAUCCUCAAGCGCCUCUACCCCCGCUGGGACUGGUAGAGGCUGCCGGCUCACCCGUGCCUCCCUGGGCAGCGACCUGCUGGGGGGCGGCGAUGGGGGUGUGACGGUCAAAGAGGAAGGCAAACCCCAGUCGUUUAAUUAAGGAUUGGACCCUUUUUUUCAAUUUUCGCCUAAAAUGACAUACCCAAAUCUAACUGCCUGUA